CCUACAAAAGGCAAGUUGUGGUCUAUAAAAAAAAGCCCCCAUCGGCCCUCUGAAGAUCAAUACUCAAAAUUGAAGCCAUGGAGUUCAAUACAUAUUUUCUUGUCUUCUAUUCUUUUCUAUUCAUGCUGCAGCAUAGUUCUUGUAGAAUCACUGCACCAUGCAGCCAAACCCCAUACCCUGAAGUAUGCCACCAUUAUAUCAACACUAACCUCUUAUCAACCCUAGAUUAUCAACAAAGGUUUUCAUUUCGUGACUUGGUACUUAAAGCCACCAUGGACCAAGCCAUUAAAGCUCAUCAACUUGUCUCGUCCUUGAACUUGAACUCAUUGGACGGUGACGAUGAGCGAGCCAAGUUGGCUUGUAAUGACUGCUUGGAGCUCUACGAGGACACCGUCGACAUGCUCAACCGUUCGAUCGGCUCCUCCAAUGCCUUCGAUGCCAAUACAUGGUUGAGUGCAUCGCUUGCUAAUCUACAGACAUGCCAAAAUGGUUUCGUCGAUUUCAACAUUUCUAGUUCUCAUUUGCAGUCUUUCCCAAACUAUGUCACCCUCUCAAGCAACUUGUCCAAGAUGCUUAGCAACUCACUGUCAGUACACAAGGUCUCAACUUUUCCAUCAGCUCUACAUUUUAGCAAACAAGUUCGUGGAAGACGACGAACUUUGCUUUCGGAUGAUGGGCUCCCGGAAUGGGUUUCAGCCGCGGAUCGAAAGUUACUCCAAUCGGGAAGUAGCGGACCAAGAGCUGAUAUGAUAGUAGCACAAGACGGGUCUGGAAAUUACAAGUUAAUUUCUGAGGCUGUAGAAGCAGCACACAAGCUACGCAGUGGGGCAACUAAAAGGUUUGUUAUACACGUGAAAGCAGGAGUUUACAGAGAAAAUAUCGAGAUUAAGAAAACAAUGAAGAACAUCAUGUUCAUCGGAGAUGGUAUCGAUGCAACGAUUGUCACGGGGAAUAAAAAUAGCCAAGAUGGUUCAACCACAUAUCGCUCUGCUACAUUUGGGGUUACUGGGGAAGGCUUCAUUGCUCAAGACAUGACAUUUGAAAACACAGCCGGACCAAAGAAGCAUCAAGCCGUGGCACUCCGCUCCGGCUCCGAUCACUCAGUCUUCUACCGUUGCAGCUUCAAGGGUUACCAAGACACCUUAUACGUGUAUUCCCAACGCCAAUUCUACCGCGACUGCGACAUACACGGCACGGUUGACUUCAUCUGCGGCGACGCCACGGCUGUGCUCCAAAAUUGCAACAUCUACGCGAGGAAACCAAUGAGCAACCAAAUAAACACCAUAACGGCGCAAUCUAGGACCGACCCUAAUGAAAACACAGGCAUUGUUAUCCAUAACUCGCGAAUCACGGCUGCGCAAGAUUUGAGACCUGUACAAGGUUCGUUCAAGACCUAUUUGGGUAGGCCGUGGCAAAAGUACUCUAGGACGGUAAUUAUGAAGAGUAAUCUAGAUGGGUUGAUCGACCCUGCUGGUUGGUUUCCGUGGAGUGGAAGCUUUGCCCUCUCCACACUUUAUUACGGGGAGUACAUGAACUCCGGCGCUGGGGCUGGUACGGGAGGGAGGGUCAAUUGGCCCGGUUAUCGUGUAAUAAGGAGUGCGGCGGAGGCCGAGAAGUUCACGGUUGGGAACUUGUUGGCCGGAGAUUCGUGGAUUCCGGGGACUGGAGUCCCAUUUACAACUGGCCUGUGAUAAUGCAUGCAUGUGGUUGUGGAGAGAAGUUGUUUGACUUUGUAGAGUGGGGGACUUGUCACACACUUGCGUAACGUAGGUGGGGGUCGAUGGUGACCUAAAGUGAAAAUUGUCACAGCUUGUGUUAGCUUCCUUUUGGAAGUGGAUAUCUAGAGAGUUGCCUUAUCUCUUUUGUGAAUGCAGAUGUAUUUUCAAACUCU